UUCACAGCACACACACACUUUUUGACAUGUAUUCCCGAUCCUUCAUUGGUUUCCGUCUUCUUUCUCAACAAACAUAUCGACCAUUUCAUACGAGUUCAUUAACACUUUCUGAAAAUAAUGGUAUGUUUGGAAGGUUUAAUCCUUGGGCUAAAAAGACUACCAAGACUUCCGACUCUACUACUACUACAACUGCUACAACUGCUACUACAGAAUCUAUUGGUAAUGUCACCUUUGAUGUUGAUUACCAAGAUGAACAUGAAUUUUCUUCUUGGAAAAAUACUCAAGUAAUGGAAGAUAUUAAUGACAUUCAUUCAUCUAUUCAUACUAUUGUGUCAGAACAUAUUAAAGGAUUGAAUGAAACCAAUUGGCAAGAUGCUUCCUUAAAUGAUACAGAUAUCAAAUUCAAGGUUGUCAAGGAAUCUAUCAAGCAAAUCGGAAAAGAAAUACCUAAUUUGGACCUGAACAAUAUCACCACUGUCAAGGAUCUUUUGGCUUUUUAUGAACGCAAACCUGAUCUUUCUGAAACAUCCGUUGAAAAGUUCUUUAUUGAAAAUCAAUCUUCUUUACCCCCCAACAUGACUUUUGUGGACAAUAAGAAAUGAUCUUUUUUUUUUUUUAUUAUUUCCCUCAUACAUCCAUCACUCACAUAUAUAUUUUUUCUUCUUCUUUUGUUGUUGUCAUUUUCAAUUCAUGUUUUGUAUUUAUACUAUUAUCACUGAAAAUUUAAUCAAAUAAAAAAAAUCUUUUUUAUUUCAUAAAAUG